AUGAUGUCCGAUCUCGACGUCGCAAGCCAUUACAACUUGCCGUCUGAAUUUCCAGAGGAAUGGCCCGCGGCGUUAGACGAUCUUGAAGUGUCGGACUCGGAGCCCGUCUCGCAUUCUAAGUCGCGCGCUCGCAAAUCACGAUACUUCGCGCUGGAACGGACCUCGAGUCAAUUGCAGAGCAACUUUGGUUCGCGACGCGGAAAAGAGGGAAGGGACACAACGCAAAGCGAUGAACCUGAUCCUCUUGGAGGUAGUGAUAGCAUUAUUCGAACACUCAAGAGUCGUGGUGUUCGCCUGGAAGAUGAUGGAGGCCAACGGUCACGCUUCUUGCUGUCAUCCACGUCGUUCUCUCCGGCGCUAUUCUUAUCUCAAGUGCAUCAUGACGCCUCGAUCGAAGCGCUUGUCGCGGGACUGAACAAUUUGUCUCAAUCGAUCGAUGAGAAAUCAGCCUCUCUGAAAGUCCUGGUGGAAGCAAACUUUGAGCGUUUUGUCCGCGCCAAAGCCACCAUUGAUAGUGUCUAUACGGAAAUGAGGGACCAGGGUGCUUCAAAUGAACAGACGAUAGCGCCGCGGCGAUCAGGACAUUUCCGUAAUUAUUCUGGUCAAUACCAGGCCAGCACGCCUGUUGCACCUGUCACGAACGGUCCCAAAAAAAAUGCCCUGACCAAAGAAAGCGAAUACGGCAUGAAAGGCAUCCGAGGUCCUCUCUUGGAAGCCUCAGUGAAGGCGGAGGAAGUAUGGGGACCUGCGCUGGGUGGAAGAGAUCGGGAGUUGGUCCUCAAAUCCGUCGUGGAAACGAUGGAGAAGCACCGCGAUGUGUACGAGAUCGGGAGUCAUUUGUCCAAGGCCAUCCAACAGCGCGACUAUGAUGCCGUAUUCGAGCAGUACACGAAAAGUCGCACUUUGGCAAACCGAGCAAAGAACAUUGUGGAGCAGGCCUCCAGUUCUCGAAGACAAUUGACCGAUAACGAAACGCACACCAUUCUCGCGAUGGGUCGCAUGUGGACGGAUGUUGACUUGCAGAUUCAGAACUUCAAGCGGGAUCUCUGGAGGCGAUUGAGCGAUGCGCCCACGACUUCCACGACCAGUACCGCGUUAGGCCCCAAAGAGGAACACAUGGAGUUGAUUGGCGCCUUGCUGGAAUUAGGGGUGGACAACAACCCGAUCUGGACAUGGCUGCUCAGCAGAUACGAGUUUUUGAAGACUAAGAUUACAUCUUUCUGUGAACGCUGCAAAGUUGAAAUUGAAAUCCUACGACGGAGACUCGCUGGAGGCGACGUGCCAACGCCGCAGUCAGUUGCAUCAUUUUUGCGUCUCGCUCCACGCGAUGGCUUCACAGAUACACCGGAGCGACUGGACACCGAUCAAGUCAUUGAACUUUGGGACUGUAUUCAGGCAUUCUUGACGAGGCUUCUAUCUUCACAGAAUGGACUGCUAGGUGAAGUGCUGGACUUCUGGGAGGCAGCUCAGUCUUUCAUUGACGGUAGCCGCCAGAGACUGCUCCCCGUCGGAUUUGAAGGCGAGAGUCGAAAACAUCACCGACUCACUCCGGCUAACGUGACGCGACUUGAGCAAGGCGUUGUGGAGCUGGUCACUCUCAUCCGGGAGAAUGUUCUUUCACUCUUCAAUGAUCCGCCCACGGAGGACAUGUCGCUGCUUUUCUCUCCAAUCCCACCGAGCCCAACAAGCCCUGCGUCGCGCGGAGUGACGCCUACCGAAUCUCGGUUCAAACUUGACCCCAAGAAUCUACCCAUCUCAAUCCCAAAGACAGGCGAGCAUUGGGAGGGUUAUGCAUUCUGGCCGCCAUACUCGAACUCUCUAAGUGGUAUUCAUUAUCUCAGUAGAUUCUUGAUCAUACUCGGCACUGCCGCCAGUGAGAUGGCAGCGCUGAGUCCAGUCAGCAACACCACGCAAGCGAGUGAUCAGCUCAAGACCGUGAUUAGCGUUGCGCGAGAGCGUUCAGCCCGUGUGGCGUGCUCUGCGUGGAGUAAGGACGCGGAGAUCUUCAAGAUGCUCGAAGAUUGGACUCGCGAUUCUGAAAAACGCGAUCAAACAAAAAUGCCUUGCUUGUUUGUGGACUUUGAAAGUGCCAUCUUAGGUGGCAUGCAAAAGAUUCUUUACAUUUCCGAAGCUAUGGCAAAACCGGGAUCGGUGGAUGUGGUCACUCAGCCACCUGCAAAAUUACUGCAGAUGGUGCGUACGCAGUUCGUCUCCAGUGUUUAUAAGGCAUUGAGUGGUCUCGUGGAGAAUGCGGAGCGGCUCGCGCUGUCGGAAGAGGAGAAUGAGUGGGUUCUAUCGAGGCCCGUCAUGGCGAGUCAAGUAGUCGACGCUGCUUUGUCGGUGCUGACUGUGGACUCUGUGGAUUCUCACGACCGGAACGUGAGAAUACUUCUUACUCUAUCCAACCUCAAGGCCCUACAGGCUGAAUAUGUUCCGCGAUUGAUUGCCAAUUUCGAGACAUCAUUCUCGGUUCAAUUGACGGAAGAAGGGAAGACUGUGUCCGACGUCCUUAAGCAGAUUGAAGAUCGCCUUUUCCAGUCAUACACCCAACCGACCAUUGCCACGUUGAACAAGAUCAUCAACGCGGGAAUCACGGCGCCAGAUUGGGUACCGUCUACAGAUCGACCAGAUCAAGUGCGACCCUACGUGUAUAGCACCAUGCUGACCCUGGUACUGGUGCACACUGAAAUCUCCACAACAAUCCCUUCGACAAUCUCUCCAGUUUCCAGCCGGGCGUCGAAGAACUCUCCCUCAUCACUGCUGGUCACCAUCCUGUCUCGUCUGUUAGUAGCGGUCUCAUCGUCUCUUCUAGACGCCUUCCGCUCCCGCCCCACAUUCUCACUCGCAGCUCUGAUGCAAGCGACGCUGGACACCGAGUUUAUCGCACAGACUCUAAUUCAGUAUUCCACCGACGAGGCAUCGAACCUGCAGAGCCAGAUUUACGUGGAACUGGAUCGUCGUACGACUCACGAGGCUCGUACCAAACUUCAGGCGGAAUUGGGAGAGAUGCGGGUGGUACUCAAACGCUUGCGAGAUCGGACGAAAGGCGAGUUUGCUUGUUUCAAGAAAUCUCGCAGCGCGGGAAGCUCCAAGCCUUCCACUUCUAGUUAA